AUGAGAAAGUAUGGAGUCCACCACCGCCUGUUCACACCUUACCACCUUCAGUCCAAUGGCCAAGCUGAAGUAUCGAACAGAGAGAUCAAGGCGAUUCAAGAAAAAACGGUUAAUCCUACAAGAAAUUAUUGGAGCCGUCGUCUGGAGGACGCGCUCUGGGCUUAUAGGACGACUUUUAAGACGCCAAUCGGAAUGUCCCCAGACCGGCUGGUAUUUGGGAAGAUGUGCCAUCUGCAGGUGGGAGUCGAGCAUCAGGCUUUCUGGGCCAUCAAAGAAAUGAAUUUGAAUACGGAGGUGGGUGCCAAAGAGAGGAGAAUGCAACUGCAAGAGCUUAAAGAGCUUAGCCUUGAUGCCUAUGAUUUUUCCAUGUGGUACAAAGAGAAGACCAAGAUGUGGCAUGACAAGAACCUUCGCAAGAAGGAACUCUAG